AAUACAAAAAAAAAAAAAAGGCAAAAUGUAUAACUAGAAAUUAAAAAAUUAAUUCCAGGGAAAAUCGAGGGAAAAGACCCAAGAGACAAGAGGCCAACAUCCAGCUAAUUCGUUAGUUGAUGCUGACCCGCGGCCAGACCUUUUAAUUGCUUCCGUCCCCUUCGCUUUUCCUUCACUUCCUUCCCUUCCUUCUCUCGCACUCUCUCCCGGUUUGGGUGGUUUUGUUUCUUGUUCGUUGUUUGGCCUGCGAUUGUUGAUGUUUUCUUACGUUCUUUUUGACUGCCCUCGCUUGCCGUCCUCGAUUUGACGGGGAUUGAUCUGUCGACUUUGAUUGAUUGUUUAUUUGAUUCUUCACUUGCGUCGCUCAAAUCGGACCGGAUUGCUGAUUUGUCGGGGCUGGUAUUUCCUGGUGAUUUGUUCUGAAGGUCAUGAGACGGUCGAAUCGCCUUCUAUAGUUCUUGUUCCACGUCAUGGGUCACUUCCCCGGGUCGGUCGAGGCGGGAGCUGCGCCGGAUGCGUCCCAACCUUCACUGCUGGACCUGGAUCAUGACCUGGCCACCCCUGCUACUCCUGCAACCCCUACAAAUGACUCCGAAGAUCUUCAACGUCGUCAACAGUCUCAGCAGAAGCGCUCCUCCCUCCCCGCCCGUCCUCAUGGUGCCGCUCGCCACGCCAAACGCUUAACCCUCAACUUUCCCAUCAACAUCCCCCCCAACGCCUUCGAGUCCGGUGCCUCGACUCCGGCUUCCAUGACGCCCAUCACGCGGCCCUCCGCCCUCCAGUCCCCCGCGGCUCUCCCACUCGACCCUCCCCUGCAGUUCGCCGAUGAUCAAGAUGAUGGAUCGGGUCUCUUGACGGCCAUCGCGUCGCAGGAACGGCGAGUGCUGGAGCUCCGCGAGGAGCUGUCCCGCGCCGAGACUCAGCUCGACUCGUUGAAGAAACAAUGGGCGGUGUCCGAGAAGACCAAGAAACGGACGGAGAUCAGUCAACGGGCCGAGCCCUUGAUCCCUCUGCGAUCCCCGGAUCGCCCCGGUCCCGUCGUCGACGAAAACACCCGCCACUACAGAGACAGCAGCGUCGGCAGCUCCGAGAGCCCGUCGUCCGCCGCUCAUCAUCCGCGAUUCAGCCGGGAGCUGGAACGCAGGCAGAGUAUGCGUGCCGCGGCGGCCAAGGGGACCACCGUGUCUACCAACGGGCGACGAGUGUUCCAGGGUUCGCACACGCGGGCGUUGUCGUUGCUCUCGCCGGCCCCCGGCACGUCGACUUUCAAGCAGGAAGUAGAAGAGAGCGUGGCUCGUGCGGGCCGGCCUCCGCGAUCUGCGACUCUGCCGUCUGUGGAGCGCAGCCCUAUGGCGGUUGCAAAUCUCGAAGAAACGGACGAUCAGCUGGCGCAGUGGCGGAAGACGAUGCCGCCGCCGUCGCGCGAGGCGCUCGUGCGCACGGGCAAGCAAAUGGCCUCGGAUCUGAGGGAGGGUCUCUGGACUUUCCUCGAAGAUAUCCGUCAGGCCACGGUCGGAGAGGAGGGAAUUAGUGCGACCGAGUCGAGGGCGAUGGCGCCGCCCCGCGCGCGGGAUUCGAGCUCGACGUCUCGCAGCAGAGAUCGGUUGUCGGUGCAGGGAAGCAAGGCAUCGCGGUCUCCCUCGUCGUCGUCGUCGUCGGGGGCCAAAACUUCUGGUAAAGACUCUAAAUCGGCGGACAUAGAUUCGUCGUUCUGGAGUGAAUUCGGCAUUGAUCCAACUGGGCAGAAGUCCCCGAACGCUCGCGCAGCCUCCGGCACCAACACCCGCGGAGCCGGCGAAUCCAACAACCUCGAAGUUGACGACAAUUGGGGUAACGAUGACUGGGACACGCCGCAGCCGAAGAAAAUGCACACCCCGUCCUCGAGUCGCUCCACGCUGGAAUCGAAACAUGACCAGUCCCCGAUGACCCAGGGCAGUAGUCCUCGCACGAGUGCCAGGUAAGUUUAAGGGUGCUGGCUUCCACCCUGUCUAACAGUCUAUGCGCUGACUGGUGCUUUAGCUUCGGCGAUUGGCGUCCCAUCCACGAUUCUUCCAUCCCUGACCCCAGCGUGUCCGACGGCAUCCCCUGGCCCGCCAUCACCAAGGGUCCAUCUUCGAAACUGACCCGAACCGCAUCGAACCUGAUGGCGGAAUGGGAACGCAGUCUAUCCGGGCCCAGCUCUCCGACUCUUGAUAAAGACGACAAGACCGAUUAGUCGUCCUGCCUUUCUCCUUGCCGUUACAUUAUACUAUUUUGCGCCAUUCAUAUAUGAGCCAUAUCGACUUCGCCUCACGGUGAUACUGUAAAUAUGGAUAUGGACAGAUCGACGUACAGUGCAUGCGCGACCUACUUCUUUUGUUUUGUUAUUCUUAUCUUCUUGGUGGACAGAUUCGCUAGAUUUGAGCAUGAGACCAACACGGAUAACGCAGGGUUACGACAGUUGAUCCUAAUACCCUUUACGAGAAGCGUUGUUUGUUAUGAUGUUUUUCUUUCGUUCUUUCGUUCUUUCGACUUACAUUCUUUCAUGAUUCUCGUCGCUCAUUUUGUUUGAAGAUUUGGUUUAUUUUAUAUUCCCUUCUCUACGUUCGUUACGAUAUUUUGGCUCUAACAACAAGAUUGUAUUUAACAUUUGUUUCGAGUAUCUACUUAUAUAAAAAAUUUAGAUAUAUUUGCCUGUAUUUCUAGGUCGUGGAAACC